AUGUUUUUUGCCCGACUGCUUGCGCUGUGGCGUUCGGCCCGCGCCUACGACACACUCCCAGCCAAGUCGCCUUUCUCAUACGCAACAAGUAGCUCCAAUGACGACGGAGGCAUCGUGGACGACGGCGACGCGACGAUGGUGUCCCUCCUCAAAGAGGGCAACGUGCCGGUAGUUUUACAUCGACUGCAGCAUCGGACGUACACGUUGCAAGACCUCUCCGCGAUCGAGAACGGCGACUCGGUCCUGUCGUACGCCUGCGAGCUCGGGCGUCUGGACAUUGUGACGCUUCUUCUGGACACGACCCCCUUCACUUCCAUCCCCGAGUACGCACAGUACAUAUUGCGUUCGAUAACCCGGGCCAUGCACGCCGACCACGUCUCGGUUCUGAAGCUGCUGCUCGCAAGGAUCCCCGACAUUAUCCAUCUCACGGCCAAGCUUGAGGGUGGAGGCUCCCUGCUGCACUAUGCUGCACUAUAUUCCGCGACCGACGUCGUCGCAUGGCUCCUCCCGCUCGUCGGGGACGUUGACAGGACCGACGACGAAGGGAACACGCCGCUGCACAUCGCCGCGCGCCACAACAACACGAGCGUUAUUACGUUGCUGUUGAAGGCGGGCGCCGACAUCGAUGCCCGAAACAAGGUGGUCACUUGCUUGCCCAAUACGAUGCAUACAGCUGACAGCAACCACUAG